GCAGCGCCGCGCCGCAGUGCAUGAGAGCGAGAGAGAGCACAGCACAGCGUACUACAGUACAAAGUGUGUAAGUGAAUAUACGCCAGCAUUAGCGUGUCGAUCGCGACCCGACUCCUCCGUAUCGGACGCUUAUGUGUAUUUUCGGAGUUUGGAACUGGCGAUAUACAUAGUCGCGCGCAAAUUGUCUGUGAAACGAGUAAAUGGGCUCGCUCACCGCGCGAAACUCGUAGUACACUCGCGAGAGAGCCGUACAGUGCGUCUAUGUGAGUGCGUGUGCGCGCAUGUGUGUGGUGCAGGGCCCUCGUACAGUUUUGUUUUCGUCUCUCGCGAGCAAAAGGCUCUUGCUCUUGCUGCUUGCUACGCUGGCUGUCGCUGUAGCAGGCAAGGAUAGUUAGAGAGAAAGAGAGAGAGAGAGAGAGAGAGAGAGUAAAGGAGAGAAAGAGAGAGACCGACAAUGGUGGUCCGCUUGCCGGGGCUACUUUUGUUCGCCGAGGACAUUUGGAAGAAGGCUCUCGCCAGACUCGGCCCGCCCGCCAACAAGCCAACGGCCAAGUCCAAUAUGCCAGCAACGUUGGAAAGCCAAGCGGCAAAUCAAUCGCCAGCCGCCGCAAUGCCGAGUGUCAAAGUGGUGACAACGGCGGGGCCGGCAGCAGCGCCACCAACGAGUACGAGCACCACGACACCAUCGACCACGACCACGACCACGACCACGGCUGCGGCCUCGCCUAUGGCCACGAAGAAGCGCUGCUGGCGGCGUAAGACGUUUCACGUCACCGUCUUCCUUGCUGUGUUCUCGACGAUCCUCAGCCUUCUAUGGAUCUACACGGUGACCGCCGAGCUCAGGAGGAAGGCCUUCGACGUGAACAUGAGACGGGAUCACGUACUCGAUGUGUCCAUGGACAAUCCCGACCUCGUCUCCUACAUAAGGAAUAUCCAACUGAAAGCGCCCAUCGCUCAGGAGCAACUCAACGCCAGUCAGACUGUCGAGGAAGAGUUUAUCGUCAAGCAGUUCCAGUCCAAACGUAGCGGACUUUACUUCGAAUACAUGAGCAGGGCUGGCGCGACUUCGACGACGGCCUGGUUAGAGUCGCAGCUCGAUUGGCGGGGUGUCAUGGUGUUCACCGACCCACGUCACUUUUUCGAUGCAUACAGAAGUGCGAGGAACCCUAAGACUCGGGUGCUGCACGCUUGCCUCAGUACUGACCGAGAUACGAGAGAGAUAACGUAUCAUCAGGAGGCAGACGUGCAAGUGAUGAAGUUGGGCGAAGGCCCGAACAGCCUGGACCUAUCCACUGAGAGCUUGCCAGCCACUAGAUUGUACUGCUUCCCGCUCUACUCUAUUCUACUCGCUUACAAUGCCACGAGCCUCGACUACGUGAACCUCGAUAGCUCGGAAGUGCAGGACGGAUUGAUCCUGGACACAAUCCCGUGGGACGUGAUAAGGGUAUCGGUGCUAUCGAUACAUUGGGGUGCCCAUCACAGCGACGCCGAGACCAAAAGCAUCGUCGACAAGCUCAGCAGCCACAAUUACAAACUCGUCAAGAGUCUACCCACUGGCAAGCUCGUCUUCCUUUAUAACCGACGGCCGAAGAUAUGAAAGUCUACGUUUGUGCUGCGCCACUAAAAAAACCACUACUCGCUAUCGAGGCUCUCUUCUCUAGUUAUUUCAAUUGAGGUGCCGCUACUCGUACUCAGUGAUCGUAAAGACUCUAUCGAUGACAUAUCUCUUAGAAACCAGUGAAACGAAAAAGCUACAUAUAUUGUCAAGAAUACUCGCGGAUCAAGUUUUUAAUACACACUCGUUCGGCAUUUUACAACGAACGUUUUAUGCAUUUUUUUCGUCAUAGAGGAUUAAUACUGCGCCUAUAUAGUCAAUAAGUCGUGACUUCAUUUGUACUGCAUUUAAAAAUGAGCGAAGCUGUGGUGCGUUGACUGACUGAUGAAUAUAAAGUUAAAGGUGUUUUGGUGCGGAUCAUUGUAUAAACACGUCCGAAAUAUUUGCUAAUAUUGGAAGUGUAUGUGCGAAAAAUUUUACAAAAAUGCAUUUCUAUCUAACAUGUGUUGGAAGGUUUACUGAUGAUGUAAUGAUACAAUAUUGUACUGGAAAUUUUGAUUUUCAUGUAUCAAAAGUACGCACGCUCACUUUUUUGUAGGAAAUAUUUUUGUAAAUUUUACAGACUAGAGAUUUUCAAUCAUAAGUGCACGCACACGUGCGCGCGCGCGCGCCCACACACACACACACACACACACACACACACACACACACGUCAACAAUAGCAUUAUCGACUCUGUUGAUUAUAAUACGAAAUUAUACUUGUUUAUUGAUAUUUUUAUGUCGAAAAUCACUCGUUUUAUUCAAUCAUUUAGCUUCAGCAAAAUCUCGUCCUCAUUAUCAUUCCGAUAUAUGUUUGUUUUAUUCCGUGAUAAUAUCAUUUGUUAUAGAGAUUAUAAAACUAUCAAUAGAAUUUUGUGUAAUUUUGCAUUCAAUGCGGAGUAUUUUUAUGCAUUCUUAACUAGUUAAAGUAUGAAGACAGUACAAUUAUCUAACGCAGAUCUUAACUUUCAAUUCGUCAUUUUUUGUAGAACAACUGGUGAAUUGUGUCAAUAUUGAAAUGAUGCUUUCGUAUUCAUUAUUAAUUUGUAUAUAUAAGCGUGAUCGUGUGGAACUUUUGUACAUUUGUGUCGUACUAACGAACGAUUAAUGGUUGCCUCGCGCUUGCCUGUAACGGAGCAGUGAUAAGCAACAAUUAGUUACUGAAAAUACCUUAAUACCGGGCCUUAUUAGAUACAUAAGUAAAUUAUUAAUUCCUGCCGAGAGAAAAGAAUUCUAUGGAUAUUUCAGACUAUUUGUAAUGCUCCUGCAUAUGAUGUAAUUACAUCUAUAGAUAUUAAACUUCACAAAUAGGUAUACAGUGAUGAUACUUUACUAACUAAUUAAUAUAUACUGAUUGAGUUGAGUGACCUUAUUCGAUUGAUAUGUUUAAUUUCUUUUCAACAAUGUUAUGUUCUUUCUGUUCUAAAAUUUAUAGAUAAAGUGUACAUCUUGAGAUAUAUGAAUCUCUAAUAAUUACAUGACUCACAAUAAUGAAUAGCUCAAAAUAUUGUACUCAAUCAGUUGAAAAAAAUGUUGCUAGUAAUAAUUGAAAACAAAAUGUUAUCGUUAUAAACGAUACAUGUUAACAAAUAAUUAAUUAAUAGAUUCGCACAAGUGUAAGCUUUCUAAGUAUGAAAAUUACGAAAUAUUGUCGAAUACAUGCGUAAUAUUUUGGACAAAAUUAUAACUUAUGAUAUGCAAGUAAUCUCGUAUCAACUGAUUGGUAGCUUUUGUCAAAUAAACAAAAUUGUAUUAUAAUAUUAGAUAUAGCAUAAACAUAACCUUAUUAUGUUUAUACAAACAUAAAAGACUAAAUUGAUUAUUAUAAUUAUAAUUUUUCUAUUAUCACUAAAUAAAAAUUAAUUUA